CUCUCACCUCUCACCUCUCGCCACCUCCCUUCCCUCUACCCCUUGAACCAGCACCGCCGGCCCGUGUGUAUGGGAGGACCUCCCGCGGCGCCGCGGCAGGAGGAGGACGCUGUGGUGGUGACGGAGCUGGAGGUGCGCGUGCAGCUGCUGGCCUCCGGCGGCGGCGCGUACAACAUCAACGACAACGCCGACAUCCUCUCGGAGAUCCUGGCGCGCCUCGACGGCCGCUCGCUCGCCUCCGCGGCCAGCGUCUGCCGCCUCUGGGCCGCCGUGUCGCGCCGGGACGCCGUCUGGGAGGCGCUCUGCCUCCGCCACGUGGGCCCGGCGUCCGGCCCCGCGGCGGGCCACGCCACCCGCACCGUCGUGGCCGCGCUCGGCGGGUACCGCCGGCUCUACCGCCUCUGCCUCGGCCCGGCGCUGGACCGGCUGGGACGCGCGGGAGCCCUUGCACACGCGCAGGCCCGGGCGCGACUGUCGCUCUCCCUCUCGCUGUCGCUCUUCUCCAUCGACUGCUACGAGCGGCUAGGAGGCGGGGGAGGGGGCUCUGCCGGCGCCGGCAGGCAGCAGCCGCCGUCGUCGCUGCUCUUCCUCUGCAAGCCGGUGGACGUGUCCUGAUCAAUGAGCGCGCCGACGCACGCCGGCCGUAUGAUCCGUCCUCAAUGCCGUCGCGCUCUGGGCCGACGCGCGCCGCGGUUGACAAUGACAUAGUGGUCGUUGUCCAAUUUGCUCAUUUUUAUUUAUUACCUAUAUUAGCACGGACCAAUAAGGGUUAAUUAAUUGAUUACGCAUUUGUAGCUGUACCGCAGGGGCAUUGAAUAUGGAAAUAAACGAAUGAUUCAUUCUUUCUUUC